UCACACUGCGGUAUCGAGCAAACAAAAGUUUAUUUUCUUUCUAAUGAAACAUUAGUUUUGCAACAGAUUAAGCUAAAUUCAGAGUUAACAUGUCGCAAGAAGUCGAAGAAACGUUGAAACGAAUCCAAAGCCAUAAAGGGGUCGUCGGAACGAUUGUCGUCAACAAUGAAGGUAUUCCAGUUAAGUCGACUCUCGACAACACGACGACCGUUCAAUACGCGGGCCUGAUGAGUCAACUAGCCGACAAAGCUCGCAGUGUGGUGCGCGAUCUGGACCCAUCCAACGAUAUGACAUUCCUUCGAGUACGCUCCAAAAAACACGAAAUCAUGGUCGCUCCCGACAAGGAUUUUAUUCUAAUUGUUAUUCAAAAUCCAACCGAUUAAAUGCUCAUAGGCGAAAUUAAUUGCGAACAUUGUGA